GACACGCCUUCCCCGACGAUCCCUAAUUCACGCGUCCACUCGCGCGCUGGUGCUUUGGACUCGUGCAGCAGCAAACCGUCGGUACGAGCGCGAGAUGUUUCGUUCACCCGCGAUCAUAUAGCGCCAAAAUCACCGCAGAGGACGGCUCCAUACAUCCGAAACCGUGGAUCAUAAUCCGCCCGAGGCUUGGGCUUCAUCCGGGAGCUUUAUCUGGUCCGAUUGAAGCGAAUCCAGACCUGUUUGGUUCAUAAAACGGCUGCCUUUGGCUUCUGUAUACAUGCUAAUACGGACAUUAUAUUGUUGAAUUUUCGGUUCACGCAAAGAUAAUCAUGGCGAGUGACUCUCCCGCGAGGGGUCUGGAUGAAAUCGACCUGUCUGCUUUGCGGGAUCCUGCUGGGAUAUUUGAGCUGGUGGAGCUUGUUGGAAAUGGAACUUAUGGACAAGUGUAUAAGGGGCGCCACGUCAAGACGGGCCAGCUCGCUGCUAUCAAGGUCAUGGAUGUCACUGGGGAUGAGGAAGAGGAGAUCAAAGCUGAGAUCAACAUGCUCAAAAAAUAUUCCCAUCAUCGAAACAUUGCCACCUACUACGGUGCCUUCAUCAAGAAGAAUCCACCGGGUGUGGAUGACCAACUCUGGUUGGUGAUGGAGUUUUGUGGUGCUGGUUCAGUGACAGACCUGAUCAAAAACACAAAAGGGAACUCUCUGAAGGAAGAGUGGACAGCAUACAUCUGCAGAGAGAUCCUCAGGGGCCUGACCCAUUUGCAUCAGCAUAAGGUCAUCCACCGUGAUAUCAAAGGUCAGAACGUAUUGCUCACUGAAAAUGCGGAGGUCAAACUAGUUGAUUUCGGCGUGAGUGCACAGUUGGACCGCACCGUUGGCAGAAGAAACACGUUUAUUGGCACGCCAUAUUGGAUGGCUCCAGAGGUUAUAGCCUGUGAUGAGAACCCUGAUGCCACUUAUGACUUUAAGAGCGACCUGUGGUCUCUAGGAAUUACGGCCAUUGAAAUGGCAGAAGGAGCCCCUCCACUGUGUGACAUGCAUCCCAUGCGUGCUCUCUUCCUCAUACCCAGAAACCCAGCGCCCCGACUCAAGUCCAAGAAAUGGUCCAAAAAGUUCCAGUCGUUUAUUGAGAGCUGUUUGUUGAAGAAUCACAAUCAGAGACCGAGUACUGAACAGCUCAUGAAACAUCCCUUCAUCAAAGACCUCCCCAAUGAGAGACAGGUCCGAAUUCAGCUUAAAGAUCACAUCGACAGGACCAAGAAGAAGAGGGGAGAGAGAGAUGAGACUGAAUACGAAUACAGUGGAAGUGAAGAGGAGGAAGAAGAGCGAGAUAUAGGAGAGCCAAGCUCCAUUAUAAACAUCCCGGGUGAGUCGACCCUGAGGCGGGACUUCCUGCGCCUGCAACUGGCCAAUAAGGAGCGUUCGGAGGCACUGAGGAGACAACAGCUAGAACAGCAACAGAAUGAGGAACACAAGCGGCAACUUUUGGCAGAGAGACAGAAACGAAUCGAGGAGCAAAAGGAGCAAAGGAGAAGACUGGAGGAGCAACAGCGACGGGAUAGGGAGCUCCGAAAACAGCAGGAGAGAGAGCAGAGGAGGCGUUAUGAAGAAAUGGAGCAGCUAAGGAGGGAGGAGGAGCGAAGGCAUGCCGAGAGAGAGCAGGAGUAUAUCCGUCGGCAAUUAGAGGAGGAACAGAGGCAGCUAGAGAUCCUACAACAGCAGCUCCUCCAAGAACAGGCUCUCCUCCUGGAAUAUAAGCGGAAGCAGUUGGAGGAGCAGCGACAGGCCGAGCGGUUGCAGCGACAGUUGCAGCAGGAGCGGGCGUACCUUGUUUCACUGCAACAACAACAACAACAGCAGCAAGAGCCACGGCCCGGUGACAAAAAACAACUGUACCACUACAAAGACUCAGUCAAUCCCAGUGACAAACCAGCUUGGGCCAAAGAGGUCAUGAAGAGAGCUGAGGGUAACUCCCCUCGAAUCCCUCCCAAGAAGCACCAUUCAUUUAACCAGCCCGGAGAUAAGCGUGUCGACCAGCUCCCCCAACUUGACCAGAUCCCCCCUUAUCAGCCCUCCAGGCCUCCCUCCUUUCCAGCAGCAUCUUCUUCUCAAUCCCGAGACAUGGAGAUGGCUGGGGUUCAGCUCAGGCUGAAAAGCGGGCCUAAUAUUCCCAGAAUCCGCCUUUCCUGUGAACCAGACCCGUCCGAGCUAGCUCGGAUGGCCCAGCAGCUCCACGACAAAGAGUCCAGAGGCAACAGUCCUGGCCGCCCCAACAAAGGGCUUGAAAAAGAAAGAGAUAGUAUUGUCUCAAAGGUUGAAGAGCGUUCCAAGAUGAACCGACAGAGUUCUCCAGCUCUUCAGCACAAAGUAGCCAAUCGGAUUUCCGAUCCAUCCCUACCCCCACGGUCCGAGUCCUUUAGCAGUGGAGGCAUACAGCAGGCCCGAACGCCCCCAAUGCACCGCACGGUAGAACCUCAGAUGGCACACCUUGUUUCGGUGAAGUCUCAUGGCUCCUCAAUGACUGGAUCUCAAUCGCUCCACGAUCAGUCAUCUCAGGGCGUCUCAGCCUUCCAGGAGGGUGUGUCUCCACACCGUCCCCCGAUGCCCCGUCAGAACUCUGACCCCACGUCAGAAACCCCAGCUCCACCGCCUCGCAUCACCAGUCGAGAUGAUAAGUUUGACCGCAGCUCCUGGCUGAGACAAGAAGAUGAUGUCCCACCAAAGGUCCCUCAAAGGACCACCUCCAUAUCACCUGCGCUGGUGAGGAAAAAUUCCCCAGGUAAUGGGCCUGGUGGACUGGGGCCAAGAACCGGCGCACAUCUGAUCCGAGCUAGUAACCCAGACCUGCGGAUUCCCAUCGAGUCGGCCCUCCCGAGAACCAGCAGUGGGAGUUCAUCCAGCUCCAGUACGCCCAGUUCUCAGGGUGGCUCCAGUGAGAGGAACCGGUUGGGAGGGUCUGGAAAGCCUGAAGGAUCUCCAGCGGUGUCCCAGGAGUCCAAGCCUAAAGCCCAAGAGGAGAACAGGGAGGUGACCAGACCCAGCCGACCAGCGGACCUCACUGCUCUGGCCAAAGAACUCCGAGAGCUUCGAACCAAUGAAGACACCAAUCGCCCACCCAGGAAGGUGACUGAUUACUCGUCGUCCAGUGAAGAUUCUGAGAGCAGCGAGGAAGAGGAUGGAGAAGGCGGGGCCCACGAUGGGACAGUGCCAGUUAGCGAUAUUCCUCGUAUCAUGCCUUCUGCUGGCCAGAGUGGCAAUGACUCAUUGGGCAACCAGGAAGAUUUUCAUCCCAAUGAUUCAUUUGGCAAAAAUUCACAAGACAGCUCCCUGAUGAUGCGAGAGAAGCUUGGGGAAAGAAAGCUCGGUCAUGCCGAGCGCAAUGGUUUCCCCGGUAACUUCAAUCUGCCUGAUCUAGUACGGCAAAGCCACUCCCCCUCGGCCACGCCUGACACUGGGCGGCAAUCUAGUGGGCAGGACCUGGACUCUGUGGCUGAAUUUGGGAUGGGGAGCGGAUCCAAAGCCUCCUUCACUCCUUUUGUGGACCCAAGAGUGUAUCAGACAUCCCCAGAUGAUGAAGAUAACCCUGCCUCAGCUCAUUUUGCGGAUGAACUCCUGCGGCACGAGCAGGAACAGGAACAAGCUCGGCUGAACGAGGCACGGAAAAUUUCCGUCGUCAAUGUCAAUCCCACCAAUAUCCGGCCCCACACUGACACCCCGGAAAUUCGCAAGUACAAGAAGCGUUUCAACUCCGAGAUCCUAUGUGCGGCAUUGUGGGGUGUAAAUUUGCUGGUAGGAACGGAGAAUGGACUUAUGUUAUUAGAUCGCAGUGGACAGGGGAAAGUCUACAAUCUGAUCAGCCGUCGACGCUUUCAGCAGAUGGAUGUGCUUGAGGGUCUCAAUGUCCUGGUCACGAUAUCAGGUAAAAAGAAUAAACUGAGGGUCUAUUACCUGUCAUGGCUCAGAAACAGGAUACUUCACAAUGACCCCGAGGUUGAGAAAAAACAAGGCUGGAUUACGGUUGGGGACCUCGAGGGGUGUGUCCACUAUAAAGUCGUCAAAUAUGAGAGGAUUAAGUUCUUGGUGAUUGCUUUGAAAAAUUCAGUGGAGAUUUACGCCUGGGCUCCAAAACCCUACCACAAAUUUAUGGCUUUCAAGUCUUUCACAGAUCUACAGCACAAGCCCCAGCUGGUUGACCUCACAGUGGAAGAGGGGCAGAGGUUAAAGGUCAUCUACGGCUCCAGCGUCGGUUUUCACGUGAUAGACGUCGAUUCCGGGAACCCGUAUGAUAUCUACAUUCCGUCCCACAUUCAGGGCAGUGUUUCCCCUCACGCCAUUGUGGUGCUUCCCAAGACCGACGGUAUGGAGAUGCUUCUGUGCUAUGAAGAUGAGGGGGUCUAUGUGAACACAUACGGCAGAAUCACUAAAGACGUGGUGCUCCAGUGGGGAGAGAUGCCCACCUCUGUUGCUUACAUCCACUCCAACCAGAUCAUGGGCUGGGGAGAGAAAGCCAUUGAGAUCCGCUCCGUGGAAACGGGACACCUCGACGGAGUUUUCAUGCACAAGCGAGCUCAGCGACUAAAGUUCCUUUCAGAGAGAAACGAUAAAGUGUUCUUUGCCUCGGUCAGAUCAGGAGGCAGCAGCCAAGUUUUCUUCAUGACCUUAAACAGAAACUCCAUGAUGAAUUGGUAAUUCAUCCACGCCCUUCCCUGCAUUGUAUCCGUGGACCUUUUCUGCUUUAUUGAAAAGUGUGAAAAAAGGAAAGACAGGCAGAAAAUCCAGGUGUGCCAGACACAAUACGGCAAGCAGAACAAAACUUUCCCGGGUCCUUCCCAGAAGAGUCAAAGACGGAUCAAACCCAACUCCACAGCCAAAAUCUGGACGCCUCCACAAACAGCAAAGAGGCUCCAGAGAAGAACAACCGGUUAUUUUUUAUGGCUCUUUCGUUGAUGUACGUGGGGUUGUAAUG